GUCAUGAAACAUUAUGCAAAUCUUCACGCAUGUGUAGUAAUGAGAAACAAACGCAAAAUGGCGGACGAAGGCGAUCGGGAUAUCAUUCUUGCCAACUUUCAGAGCAUCACAGGGAUCGAUAAUCUAACUGAGUGUAUYACAUUAUUAGAACAUCAUGACUGGGAUUUGACGACCUGUGUUAAUUCUGUGUUGGGCGCUGAUGAUGUGGACUCGCCGAUUCGUCCGUCAAGUCCUCCCCAAGAGGUUCAAGUUAUUGGACAAACCAUCCCUCUCCACCACCCACCAAGAAGAGUGAAGUUUUUAAUUGAAUGGAAAGAGAAAACAUUAACAGUCAUCCUAGGUGACCAUGAAACUGUUGGAACCAUCAAAAGAAUGAUUGAAAUGCAAAAUGGCGUUCCUCCAGACCAUCAAAGUCUGAUGGGAUGGGCCCACAACCAGACAUUAAAUGACGAGACUGUACUAAAAGAUCUCAACCUACGAGAAGAAACUGCAUUAGUUCUUUUGACACCAACAAUAACAGAAACACCAAAACAAAGUACACCAUGUGCCGUCAGCUCGGCAUUGAACGGAGAAGCAGGAUCAAGUGGUAUUGGAAGUCCAAAUGUAAUUGAGAAAGUAAUGUUAAACAUAAAAUAUCACACCGAUGAAUAUAACCUGCCGUAUCCAAUGACAAAAACAGUAGGAGAGGUAAAGUCUGACGUUCAUUCUUUGACAAGUAUACCAUGCCGAAAUCAGCAUUGGUCUGGUUGGCCAGAUGGUACGACAGAUAGUUUAACAUUACAUGAAGCAAAGCUGUCUUUUCCGGUUCAUGUUCUUACCGUUACCAAACGUGAAAACAAUGAGGGAUCUUCAAAAUCUACAAGUAUAGAUGUCGACAUGGAGCAGGAUGAUGGCAGUGAUGAGGAUGAAUCUAAUCUUCAUAUUAUAGAUGAAGAUGAGGAUGAUGAUGAUAUGUUUGCUGAUGUUCCUUGUAGACGGCAAUUUACAGAACUAUUACCACAAGAUAGUAUUGAUUCYUCAGAAAACCUCAUAAAAUUUGCAGCCAAUUUUGAAGGAAGAUAUGGAGAUUCUCAUCCCCAUUUUUACAUGGGGCCAUUAUCAGAAGCUAUCAAAGAAGCWAAUGGAAAGUCAGCUAAGCAUCGGCGACCUCUUCUUGUAUAUCUUCAUCAUGAUGGGAGUAUAUUAGCCAAUGUGUUUUGUGGACAAUUGUUGUGUUCAGAAACCAUCACAAACUAUAUUGACAGUAACUUUGUUAUAUGGGCCUGGGAUGUUAGCCAYGAUACCAAUAGGGCAAGGCUUCUUGAUAUGAUAACUACACAUUUCGGCAGUAUUGCUGCUAGUACUGUACGUGGUUUUCAGACAGAAAAGUAUCCUCUCAUCUUAGCGGUUAUGAAGAAUAGAUCAGCUUUAGAAGUAUGCUCCGUAUUACAAGGUCAGUUGUCACUGGAUGAGUUAAUGACUGGUCUCAUGAGCGCUUAUGAAACAUUUCAACAAGCAAUGAUACAAGAAAUUAAAGAUGAGGAAGAACGAGAGCUCAGAGAGAUGAUGAGAAAGGAACAGGACAUUGCGUACGAGGAAUCACUAAAAGAAGACAGAAGAAAAGAGGAAGAAAAACGAAAGAAACAAGAGGAAGAAAUAAUUGCUAAGAAACUUCAAGAAGAGCAGGCAUUGCACGAAGCCCAGCUAAAAGAGGCCCAACGGCUGUCUUUGGUUGAUCAGCUGGCAGAUGAACCUGGGCCCGACUGUACUGAGCCUAUUUCAGAUCUAAGAUUUUGGCUUCCUAAUGGACAAAGACUUCAAAGACGCUUUUUAGCUUCCAGUCACUUACAGAAUGUCUUAACGUAUGUUCAAACUCAAGGAUUUCUUGAAAAUGACUACAAAGUGGUCACUAACUUUCCCAGAAGAGACCUGUAUACAUUAGAUCGUACCAAAAGCCUACAAGCUCAUGGAAUUUACCCCCAAGAAAAGAUAAUUGUUGAAGAACGAUAAAAUUACUAAUGACUUAACAAAUAUUUAUGAAUUUAGAAAAGAAAAAAUAACACUUUGGACACUAAAUUAUAGUCCAUUGACUCCAAAUUAAACAAAUAAAUUUUAACCUCCCUCAGAAAGAGAAAAUUACAAUGGUAAGCACAAGAAGGCCUCAAUUUUAAAUUCUGAGGAUGAAAAAUGUAAGUAGUAAAGACUCAUUAAAACUAGAAAUGAUGUAAAUAGAAUUGAUGAAAUACCUCAA